AUGAUAAGAGCUUCUGCUGCUCUGUCCCCGGGGCUCGUGUCCGUCACACGUGCACCGUUAGAGAAGCGCGACUCUCCAUCGAAUCAUCUGUCCACUCACCACAGCACGCAUCCCACAUAUUCAACAAUGCAUCAGACUUGGUGUGCGCUAUUUCUGUUGCUUUCAGGCACACAGGCGUUUCUGAUCCACAACCUGCAGCGUAGCCUCUGCCUGGAGGAGGUGUCCGGCAGCGGGGAGGUGGUGGGCAGGGAGUGCAGCCUGGACUCGGACUCUCAGCAGUGGCUCUGGGAGGACCGCACUCGGCUGGUGAACGUGCAGACCUCCAGAUGUCUGUCGGCCCGUCACCUCCAGCCUGUGCUCACCGAGGCCUGUCCUGAGGCGGGGGAGCAGGGGCUGAAGGGGGUCCUGGAGUGGGACUGUGACCGGGAGAGACUGAUCAGCAGGAACAACUCUCUGCUGCUGUCUCUGAGCGGACGGAAGGUGCUGCUCACUGACGACAACAAGAACGUCCGGUGGAAGUCGCUGGACCAGGGGGAUAUCUGCCAGGAGACGCUGAGAUCCAGGAGAGCGUCGGAGGAGUUUGAGGACGAGGUGAAGCCCACUCUGUCUGCAGAAGAGAAGGAUUAUCUACGCUGGUUUUAUCGCACGGAGGAGAAUACUUAUUGGAAGUAUGCGAUCCUGGGUUUCGCCUUCGUGGGCCUCCUCAUCGGCUUCAUGCUCCUGGGGAUGGGUUCCAUGGCCAACAAGAACAGAAAGAAGGUAGCCAAGUACAAGGCGGUGGCUGCUUUGCUUCAGAAGAAAGAUUGCGAGCUGAACGUAGCGCUGGAGGAGACCGUCUUCGCCACGCCAACCAAGCCUCUCGCCUCCCCUGCGCUACAGGCGGCUAACGGGGAGCUGAGUGACUGCUGCAAGCCCGGGAACAUCAUGCUCACGUAUAAAGACGGGAACACCUCCAGCCUGUACCCAGACGUGGCAGAAGCAGAGGCGGACAGGCAGGCUGAAGGCUCAAAGGAGGAGGAGGGAGAGAAGGGAGAACCGGAGAUAACCACCGCAGCAAAGCCAGAUAAAGAGAACGAGGAGGUGGUGGAGGACUGA